CCCAGGUUCUCAUGUUUGGGAUCAACAAGCUCAGAAACAUGACCCGCUCCUUCAUCUUGUUGGCAGUUGGCAGCCCGUUCAUGGAGUCUAGGGGCGGGUUUCCGGCUCUAGACACUUGUGGCGUGGUGUAACAUGCAUGAUCAGCGUGGUACAACGGCGUGAUUUCGUGCUGUUUUGGCCUUGUUUAAGACCUGGGGUGCCGCCUCGCGUAGCUUCCGUGGCUCCCAAUUCCUUUGUUCGUUGCUCGUUGGAGGCUACUAGCAAAUAUGGGUCUUCUUUUCAACGUUUGCCUGGCGGUGUUCGCCGCCAAUGGUAGUUUCCUGUUUGGAUACGAUAGUGGUGUCAUGACAAUCGUCAUCCAAUCACCUCACUUCCUAAACUUCUUCAACACGAAUGCGGAGUCGAAUAUCAUAGGUGCCAUCAAUGCCACGUUUUCGGGAGGUGCGGUGUUUGGUUCGUUGAUGGGAGGAUUUACAAUGGAUAGUCUCGGUCGUAGGAAGACCAUCAUGAUUGGAGCGAUCAUCAACCUUAUUGGCGCCAUUCUUCAAAGCGCAGCUCAGCACCUAGGCAUGAUUCUCGUUGGUCGUAUCAUGGCUGGUUGGGCUGUCGGUGUACUGUCCAUGUCUGUUCCAAUCUACCAGUCUGAAUGUGCUCAUCCGAAAACGAGAGGUCUCAUUGUUGGUAUUGCCCAACAAAUGAUCGGUAUCGGUUUCAUCGUCUCGACUUGGGUGGGUUACGGGUCCUCGAAGGUUCCCGAGACCAACUCAUUCUCCUGGCGUUUCCCUCUCGCUUUCCAGUGUGUUCCCUGCCUCAUGAUCAUCUGUGGUAUCAUGUUCUUCCCAGAGUCGCCACGUUACCUUGUCGAAACCGACCGCAGUGACGAAGCGUUGAGAGUUCUGCACAAAUUGCACUACAACGGUACCAAUGAGGACUGGAUCAACCAAGAGUUCAACGAGAUUAAGCUUACUAUCGAUGCCGAGAAGGCCAUCACAGCACCUGGCUGGGCGAUCAUGUUUAAAGUCAAGACCUGGCGGACACGCUUGCUACACGCGACCUCUAUCCAACUCUUUGGACAAAUGACUGGUAUCAACGUUAUCGGCUACUACUCGACCAUUAUGUAUCACAACUUGGGCAUCGAAGGUGACCGGGCCCUGCUCGUAACCAGUAUCUAUAAUGUCGUCGGCCCCAUUUUCAACUUGAUCUUCAUCGUUUUCCUCCUCGAUCGAGUUGGGCGAAGAAAACCUUUGCUGUUCGGUACGAUCGGAAUCAGUAUCGCGCUAAUCUGCGAAGCUGCAGUGGGUUCACAAAUCGAAGGAGCCACUGGAUCGCGCAAAAACAGCCUCUCUGCAGCAGGAGUUUUUUUCCUUUUCCUGGUCUCUUGCAUCUUCAGUGUCUCAUUCGGUCCUAUUUCCUGGGUCUACGCCUCAGAGAUCAUGCCGCUUAGUAUUCGUGGACGCGGAUCGGCUUUCGCAACAGGUAUCGGUAACUGGCUUGUCGGCACCGUCUGGUCGCAGGUAUCUCCUAUUGGUCUUGGGAACAUUAAGUGGAAGUUCUACUUCAUCUUUGUGGCGUGGAACCUGCUCAUCACGCUGCCGGUAAUCUUCUUCCUCUACAAGGAAACGAAGCAGAAAUCUCUAGAGGAGAUUGAUUUGCUCUUCGGUGAACGUGCGCUUGGUACUUUGCCCGAUGAUUUAGACGACAAGCAAAAGGAGAUUGAGCUGGAGAGGAUUCAGGACGCUAGGAAGAUUCUUGCGAAAGACCAGGUAACAGUAGUGCACUAGUGGAACAGAAUCUAGGCGAUGAAGAAGUUGUCCGAGGUGGAGGUUGAGGUUGAGGUUAUGGGAGUCUAAAGCGGCCGCAGACUGCGGCUAGCAAAGAAGUAGAACUAUUGUGUCAUGUGAAG